AUGAUUGGCGCUGGUGGCUUUGUCUCCUUUCAGCUGCUGUCGGAAGGAGUGAUCUUGCCGCAUUGGGUGGCGCUGGUUUUCACAGGCAGCAUCUUUGCAGGCAUUGCCUACGCCUACCGAAGCCAUGGACUUUCAGGUGUUGCCGCGGUCAGCACACAGGUCAUGGCGAUCAUGGCCGUGCAGCUUUCUACCAAACUAGUGCUCCAGACGGGCUUCGUGUAUCCCACGUGCAUCGCUUCGCUGCACUUCCUUUGCGUUUGGCUGGCGUCUUGGGCCGUCGAGCGGCGGUCCGGUGCGAAGGACAGGCUUCUGAUGGACUUAAAGAGUUCCGGUUACGACAAUGCAGAGUGGUACGUGAAGCGGAUUCUGCCCAUUGCGGUGCUCCAGACGUUGAACGUGGUUCUGAACACGUGUUCGCUGUUGUACAUUGGUGCGGGUUUCAAUGCCAUCAUAGGCAUACUGUGCCCAGUCCUCACAGCUUUGGUCUCUGCGACGCUGGGCGCUCGCAUCAACUCCUUGGCUUGGGCGGGAAUGGUGAUCGCCAUUGCGGGAGAUGCCGUGAUUUCCAUCGAGGGCCUCAAGAAUAUUUCCAAGAGCGGCUCCGAGCCUCUCUCCCUCGCAGUCUUUGGUAUGAGCCUGGGUGUAGGUGCCCUCUUCGCGAGGUCAGUCCGAUCGGUGCUCAUGGAUUGUCAGAUGAACGAGUACGCGGCAGACAAGGCUUGUCCGCGAUUAAAGCCGACGCGAGUCGUCGCACUGGCAUCGCCAGCAGUCUUUGUGCUGGGCUUUGCUCUCACGUUGAUUUUGGAGGGCUGGAAGCCUUACAUGGAGCUCCUGUCUCUCAACACUUCGGCGGCACUUCUGCUGGCCUUCAGCACGGCGUGUGCUGUCUACCUCAGCCUCAUGGGCAUGGUCUUGAUUAAGAUGCUUGGAGCGGCGGCAGCGCAGAUAGCUGGGAAGCUCAACAUUCUGGUGACUGUUGCUUUGUCCAGUGCCUUUCUGCAUGAGCGGCUAAGCCUGGGUUUCAUUGUUGGUGCUGCAGCUGUACUGGCUGGUGCGGCAAUCUUUGAGCAUGCCAAAGCCAGCACUGCAUUGCUCCCGAAGACUCUGCGCAGCUCCUACAGCAGCGUCUGA